AUGAUAGGGUUUGGAGGGAACAGUUGCAGUGGCCUUUCUUCCAUGGACAUGAUGAACAUUGAAACUAAUAGCAAGUUUCUUUCUCUUCCUCUCAGCAACAAUGAUCGAAGGGUUUCUUCCUUGAACAUGGCUCAAGAUCGUAACUAUAGCCACCAUGACCACACCAACACUUGCACUGCGAGGGAUAAAAUCAUGGCACAUCCUCUCUUUCCUCGUCUCUUGUCCUCUUACAUCAAUUGCUUGAAGGUUGGAGCACCUCCUGAAGUUGUGGCUAGCUUAGAAGAAUCAUGUGCAAAAUGUGAAGCCUUAAAUGCAUCAGGUAGGACAGGAACAGGUUCAUUAGGUGAAGAUCCAGCACUGGAUCAGUUCAUGGAGGCCUAUUGUGAGAUGCUAGUCAAGUAUGAACAAGAGAUCACAAAACCCUUCAAAGAAGCCAUGCUUUUCUUUUCAAGAAUUGACUGUCAGCUUAAAGCUCUAUCAGUUUCAACAGACUUUGGCCAAAGUGAAUCAUCUUCACAGAAUGAGGCUGAUGUGGAUGAAAACAACCUAGAUACUCAAGCUGAAGACCGGGAACUAAAACUCCAGCUUUUGCGCAAGUAUAGUGGCUAUCUUGGAAGCCUCAAGAAGGAGUUUUUGAAGAAGAAAAAGAAUGGAAAGUUGCCAAAGGAAGCUAGACAACAUCUACUAGAUUGGUGGAACAGGCAUUACAAAUGGCCUUACCCAUCGGAAUCCCAAAAGCAAGCACUUGCUGAAUCCACAGGCCUAGAUCUGAAGCAGAUAAACAACUGGUUCAUCAAUCAGAGAAAACGCCAUUGGAAGCCUUCUGAGGAUAUGCAAUUUGCUGUGAUGGAUGCAACUAACUAUUACAUGGAAAAUGUUAUGUGCAAGCCAUUUCCCAUGGAUGGCAUGCCUAUGCUUCUUUAA